UGAGGAACCGAUCGACAACCCCACCGCCACUCCCACCGGCGAAACGUUUAUGCAUCGAUAGGCAUGUGAUGGGUUAUCUCUCGGACAGCGAGAUCUCGGUACGAGGUGGUAGCUGUUCUCUUAGCAAGGCAGAAGGACCAGAGGCAGCAGCCCUAAAGGGUGAAGAAAAAUCAGAGGCAGCCCUAAAGGGUGAAGAAAAACCAAAGGCUGCUGGUUACUAUUGGUUUAAACUCAAGCUUGGAGAACCUCUUACCUCUGAAGAGGAGGCAAAGGCUGCUGAUUACAGUUUGGAGGACCUCCUCGAUGAAGGUCUCGAAUUUUGUACAAUUUGUGGUCAGGAGGACCACUGGGUUUAUUGUUGUGAGAAAUACUAUGAGGAAUAUAAAUGUCCAUACGGGACUAACUUCAUUCCCCCAGGCAUUAACCAACAUGACAAGAUGCCGUCUGAUGUCUGGACUGACUCAGAUCAAGAGCAUUUGGAUCUUUUGUGCAUCAAAGAUUAUGUCCCAGAGGGCUUUGAGUACCUGCAUACGGUCAGUGAAAUAAAAAAACAUACAUAGAAUUAUGAUUCAGCAGCACAACGAGAUCAAGGAUUACGGUAUGCUUUUAACCUCAUUUUACUGUUUGUGAUUAUAGUUACCUGGAAUUUGAUUGGCCGUAUGGCACCAUUCAAACUCACUAUCCAAUGUAUCACUGCCAAGAUCAACUUCUUUAACCAAUUAUCACAUUGUCCUUGGUCAUUGUUAAUUACAUUUGUGUACGAUUGAACAUCAAAGCUUUUUAGUUACCAAUUCCAUAAUUUGGGUUGUUACUAGAAGAUAGCUGUUACGUUGUAGGUUUUUGCUGGUAAUAAUUAAGUUGGUACUCUGUUAUUCCAAAUGUAAUGUCCUUUCAUUACAUUUUAUAAUGAGAUGUAGUUGAACUUGAAAUUUACAUGCAUCAGAAUAAUUUCCCGGUUCAACUCGCUGAAACUUUAGACAUAGUGAAUACUGAAUAGUUAUCAACAAAGCUUUGCACUUUGUUUCAAAUACUAUCCUUGUGUGGUUAAUGUAUUAUUUUUCUUGUAAUUAAUACGAUGGUGUCAAGAAAUAUUGAGUCAAGUUUUCCCUUUUUCGUACUUCCAAAACCAAAUCCAUUAUUUGGGAUGUUACUGGAAGCUGUUACAUUGGGUCAAAUGCAUUCAAUAAUUUAGGUUGUAGGUCUUUGCUGGUUACAGAAAGUUUAUUUUGUGUUUAAUUAUUUCAGUUGGUCUGCUGUUAUGUUUACCUGUAAUUUCCUUUGAUGUCACUUUAUAAUGAGAUGUAGUUGGAGUUUAUUUAUGAUUUCUCGGUUCUACUCACUGAUAAUUUAACCAGAGUAUAUGAGGUUUGGGCUUUGUUGUAAGUACUAUCCUUGUAAUUAUUUCAAGUUGGUGGCUUUGGGUUUUCUACUUGAACAAUUCAAGCUAUGGUUGAAUUUGUUUGUAGUAGAACGGUUGAUAAAUCUUAUUACCUGUAGAAUAGAAAAGUAGAACUGUAGAAGGGCAUUUUGUUAAAUGAGAGCUUUCUUAUUGUGCGAGUGCAAAAUUUAUAGGCAACAUGGAGUAAUAGAAAAUUUACUCUUUGUUGAUGGGAUCAUAGAUGUUACUGCAUCUGCAGCGUGUUUAUUUAUAUGUUUCAUCAAAGAUUCAUUUUUGCUGAUUUUAUGACUUGAUAUUGUUAUAUUCCUUAUUAAUGAAUGUCAUGUCCCAAUAGUACUGAUUUUUUGAGUUUUGUCAUCAUCAUA